AUGCCUUCGCUCGCUCCUGUAGUGAAGCUCAACAACGGGAGGAGCAUGCCGGCUUUCGGGCUCGGCACCUGGCAGGAAACUCCAGAACAAGUCGGGGAGGCAGUUAAACAUGCAAUUGAUGUCGGUUAUCACCAUAUCGACACCGCAGCUGCAUACCACAAUGAAUCAGGAGUGGGUGACGCACUGCAGGAAAAAUUUAAGGAAGGGGCAGUCAAGCGAGAAGAUGUGUUUAUUACUAGCAAGUUUGCAAAUUCUCUCACCAAGCAGGGAGGACCAUACCUUGUGGUGAGAAGAAUUUCUUCACUGGACAAGCUCCAUGUUGUCAGUUAA